AUGGCUUCCAAUAGGGCAUCAAGAGCUUGUUAUGGAGACAUGGUGAAGAGUGCCUUCUUCUGGUCUGUGGCCAUUAUCUAUCUGACUCACAUAGGUGGGGUGAGGGGGGAUUGCUGGCUCAUAGAAGGGGAAAAAGGCUUUGUUUGGCUGGCAAUUUGCAGCCAAAAUCAGCCACCCUAUGAGGCUAUACCUCAGCAUAUAAACAGCACCAUAGUGGACCUUCGUUUGAAUGAGAACAAGAUCAAAAGUAUCCACUACUCAGCCCUCAGCCGCUUUACCAACCUUACUUACCUGAACUUAACCAAGAAUGAGAUUAAUUAUGUUGAGGAUGGGGCUUUUUCGGCCCAGUUCAACUUACAAGUACUCCAGCUGGGCUUCAAUAAAUUGCGGAACUUGACAGAAGGGAUUCUGAGGGGUUUGGGAAAGCUGCAGUAUCUCUACCUCCAAGCCAACCUGAUUGAGACUGUGACACCCAAUGCCUUUUGGGAGUCCCCAAAUAUCGAAAACAUUGACCUGUCCAUGAACCGUAUCCAGGUGCUAGAUGGGUCCACCUUCACCAGCCUGACUAAGCUGACCACCUGUGAGCUCUACACCAACCCAUUCAACUGCUCCUGUGAGCUUUUGGGGUUUGUCAAGUGGCUUUCAGUCUUUCCCAAUAGAACUAGUGAACGGAUGGUUUGCGAUUCUCCUGCCGGAGUCUCUGGCUACAGCCUCCUGAGCCAGAAUCCAAACAACCCAACGUACCGUAAUGCUCUGCAUAUGCUUUCCACUGUGUGUACGGAGGACUAUGUGACUCCAUACAUCCCUGUGCCUCCUGAGACCACCACUUUCCCUCCAGAUGCAACACCUUGUGGGCUGGAAGACUGUCCCUCUGGGACAGAGCCUGAGGAGAUCAGCAUCAGUCCCACUUACAUAGAAUUAGACGUGAAACCAAUCAUGAAACUCAAGCAAGUAUCUCAUACAAAUGCGGUAAUCACUGUUCAGAUUCCUUACCCGUACAAGAAAAUGUACAUCCUCGUUUUAUAUAACAACAGCUUCUUCACUGAUAUACAAAAUCUUAAACGACAGAAGGAGGACAUUGAGCUGAAAAACCUGAAACCCCACACCGAUUACACCUACUGCGUUGCUUCCAUAAGAAACUCCCUGCGUUUCAAUCACACCUGCUUGAUGCUGUCCACAGGGCCUAGAAACAGAAAAGAAAGAGAACCUAGUAAUCCAACAGCCACUCACUACAUAAUGACGAUCCUAGGAUGUCUUUUCAGUAUGGUAAUUUUUUUAGGCAUUGUAUAUUACUGCCUACGAAAAAAGAGACAACAAGAUGAAAAGCAUAAAAAGGCAGGCAGUUUGAAGAAGAACAUUAUCGAGCUUAAAUACGGUGGUGAGCUGGAAGGUGGGACGAUUUCCAGGAUGUCUCAAAAGCAAAUGAUGUCUGGGGAGAGCAUGGCCCGCAUGCCCUAUCUACCCUCCGGCAGUGACAUGGAACAAUACAAACUGCAAGACAUAACUGACACACCAAAAAUGGCAAAAGGGAAUUACAUGGAAGUGAGAACAGGGCAGCCCCCAGAUCGAAGGGAAUGUGAGCGGUCCAUUCCUGGCAACAGCCAAGGCUCGGUUGCAGAGAUCUCAACAAUUGCGAAGGAGGUUGACAAGGUCAACCAGAUAAUUAACAAUUGCAUAGAUGCUCUGAAAUCAGAGUCCACCUCCUUCCAAGGGGUAAAAUCUGGACCAGUGUCAACUGCAGCACCUCAGUUAGUGCUGAUCUCAGAGCAGCCUCAAAGCCAGUCUGUCUUCCUGUCACCUGUCUACAAAGACAGCUACCACCAUUCUUUACAGAGACAUCAUACAUCAGAUGCCUCUCCAAAGCGUCCAAGUACAGCCACCGGUGGUCCAAUGCGGAGCCCGAGGCCUUACCGUUCAGAGGGGUCAUAUAAGUCAGAGUCGAAGUACAUAGAGAAAAUUUCACCCACAGGGGAGACUAUCCUGACUAUCACACCCACAGCUGCAAUACUAAGGGCAGAGGCGGAGAAGAUUCGUCAGUAUGGCGAGCAUCGGCACUCUUACCCUGAUGCCCACCAAAUUGAGGAGCUGGAGGGACCGGAGAGCCAGAAAACCUCCAUCUUGGAGCCCCUGACACGGCCUCGCCCCAGAGACUUGGCUUACUCACAGCUCUCUCCCCAGUACCACAAUCUCAGUUACUCAUCUAGUCCCGAGUACUACUGCAAACCAUCGCACAGCAUCUGGGAGCGCUUUAAACUCCAUCGCAAACGUCACAAAGAUGAGGAGUACAUGGCUGCUGGCCAUGCCCUGAGGAAAAAAGUGCAGUUUGCGAAGGAUGAAGACCUGCAUGACAUUCUAGAUUACUGGAAAGGAGUGUCAGCCCAACAUAAAUCUUAAUCUACUCAAGUGUUUGUCUGUGUCUUUUUCGAUUGAUGGACCACAAAGAACUGACAAGAACAAAUCCGUAAUCUAGUGAAAUCACAUUCUAAUGGAUAAAUAUUACACUACAGUGAAUUUCGAAUUAAAGAAAAGGUGUGUGAACCAACAUUUAAAGUUGUUACUUAAAGUAAC